CAUAUUUAAAAAGAACCAACCAGGAAGCAGCAUAUACAACCCAACUAAACUAUAGAGGAGAGAGAAAUUAAAGAGAGUAUUAUUAUACACAAACCAUUCAUAUAUAUACAGAGAGAGGGGUCAAGAAAAAGGGAGGAAAUAAACUAAGCUAAGCAAAAAACAUUAUAAAUAUUUAUUAACCAACCAUCAAAGUUAUUAGAGAAGAAGAAAAAAAAAAUAAUAGGGGGAAGAAAAAUUAGAGAGAAAUUGAAAUAGAGAGAAAAAAUGGAAGUUGGUCUGAAAAUGGAGGAGACAGAGCUGAGCCUUGGACUAGGACUCGGGUUCGGGGUUCGAGGCGGUGGCGGUGGCGGAGGCGAAAAAGGUGAAGCUGGUGUGAAGAGUGGUGUUGGAAGUAAAAGAGGAUUUUCUGAGACAGUUGAGUUGAAACUGAACAAUAGUUCUGAAUCAAAAGAACAGACUGCAACAUCAUCUCCCUCGGAUCUGAUGAAAAAUGAUAAAGCUGCUGCUUCUGAUUCUGCUGCUAAGGAGAUUUCCUCUAAGGUUAAUGUUGAUCCUGUCAAGCCUCCUGCCAAGACACAAGUUGUGGGUUGGCCACCAGUGCGAGCUUACAGAAAGAACAUGCUGGCUGUCCAAAAGAGCACCGGUGGAACGGAUUCCGAGACAGAGAAGCCAAUGAAUGGCGGUGGUGGAGCCCUUGUGAAGGUGAGCAUGGAUGGUGCACCUUACCUACGUAAGGUGGACUUGAAAAUGUACAAGAGUUACCAAGAGCUUUCUGAUGCUUUGGGCAAGAUGUUCAGCUCUUUCACCAUAGGCAAUUAUGGUGCUCAAGGGAUGAUCGAUUUCAUGAAUGAGAGCAAGCUGAUGGAUCUCCUUAAUGAUUCCGAUUACGUACCAACCUAUGAAGACAAGGAUGGAGAUUGGAUGCUUGUUGGUGAUGUCCCAUGGGAGAUGUUUGUGGAUUCAUGCAAACGACUUCGUAUCAUGAAAGGAAAGGAAGCUGCUGGACUUGCUCCAAGAGCCAUGGAGAAGUGCAAGAACAGGAGCUAAACUAGAAAAUGGUACAUCAGCCUGCUCCUUUGAUCUUAAGGCCAGCACCAAAAGUCAGUUUAAAGAGGGUACCGAGCCUAACAGAUGGAUUGAGCAGGGUGAAUUUGUAAUUUCAUGUGUACUUGUUUUCACCCCCUUUUUUUAAAAUUUUUUUUGGAUUUCUUGUAUUAUGAUUUGAUAUAGAUUUAUCAUAUUACUACUUUUAAAAGUCUGUGAGUUGUAUGGUGCUGAAAUUUAUGACUAGACAUAGAAACAGUAACUAAAUUGUGUCCACAAGUAAGACUAUGUUUGGCCCAAUAUGUUUAUGUUUAUGUUUAUGUUUUUUUUAUUGUAUUAAUUAUAUUUUGUUUGGCUUUAAAAAUACAAUAAUUGUAGUUUAAGUCAUGCUGCUUGUGAUAGCAAUCAAUGGGGUUGAUAACAAUA